CCCCAGCCCCGGGGGUCGCUGCGGUUGCCGGGGCCCCCCCAGCCGCUCCCCCGAGCCCCUCCCGGGCCAUCGCGUGUGGCCUCGGCUGUCGCCACCGGGGAAUCCCGGAGGGUGACAACAACAACACCACCACCACCAACACCCGGAGGACGCGGGCGGCGAGCGCGACAACAGCACGAGGAGGACCAAGGGGCCACCGGGAAGGGCUACCGGGGGUCCCUCCGGGUGGCCCGGGCGGGGGUCGCGCUGUGCCUGCGGCUUCUCGGGGCGCUGCUGGCGCUGCUGCUGCUGCUGCUCCUCCUCCUCCUCGGGGGGCUCCGCUUCUUCCUCCGCGGAGCUUCCGCGGGGCUCCGCCGCUGCCGGGAGCUGCUCCGGGAGUGGCUACAGCGGCGGAGGAGCCCCGCCGGUGUCCCCUCGGGUGGCGAGGAGGAGGUGACCCGUUUGGUGGCCAUGGCCGAGGUGGCCGAAGAAGAGCUGGACCCGUUCCUGGUGCUCGGCGUGGAGCCCACGGCGAGUGACACGGAGCUGCGGCGGGCGUACCGGCGGCUGGCCGUGCUGGUGCACCCCGAUAAGAGCCGCGACCCCCGGGCGGAGGCGGCGUUCAAGGUGCUGCGGGCGGGCUGGGAGCGGGUGAGCAGCCCCGAGAGGCGCCGCGAGUACGAGACGAAGCAGCUGGCGCAGGGGGAGCUGGCGCGGGCGCUGGGCGCGUUCCUGGGCCGGCUGCAGGAGGAGUUCAGGGAUGCCAUGGAUGCCAUGGGCUGCACCCGCUGCGGGGGACGCCACAGGCGCUUCCAGCUGGACAGGGACCCCCGCAGUGCCCGCUACUGCGCCGAGUGCGGGGGGUGGCACGCGGCCGAAGAGGGUGACCUGUGGGCAGAGUCCAGCCUGCUCGGCCUCAAGGUCACCUACCUGGCCCGCAUGGACGGGCACGUCUACGAUGUCACAGAGUGGGCCGGCUGCCAGCGUGUGGCCAUCUCCCCGGACAGCCACCGGGCCCCCUACCACCUGUUCAGCGCCAGGACGGCCACGGCGGCCGGACGCCAGCGGGCCCCCCCCAAGGGCAGCCCCCCCACCCCCGCCGACCUCCAGGACUUCCUGGCCCGCGUUUUCCAGGGAAAUUCAGGACCGGGGAUUCGGGGGGUUUUCCCGACCCCCCCCGGUGCUGCGGGACCCCCCCAGGGACCCCCCCGGGCCGAGGGGGUUCCCCCAAGGGGGGACACGAAGCACAAGAGGAGGAAGAAGGGGCGGCGGCCGCUCCCGCGCUGAGGAGACCCCGAUCUCCCCCCCCCACUCCCCCCACCCAAAAAAAAGGGCUUGAAAUAAAAAAAAAUCUAUUUUUC